AUGUCAUUAUACUAUCAAUUAAAAAAAAAUAUAAUAGAACCAUAAAGAGAAAUAGAAUUCAAAAACUUUAAAAUUCGAAAUCGAUAUUUAGUUGUAAAAUAAUUAAAGAACAGAAACAUAUUUCAAUUCUAAAAUAUGAGUCCAUUUAGUCCUAAUAAGGUUAAAUAACUACCCAAAUUAAGAUUACCUAGUUUACCUAAUUCUGAUAGUAAUCAAUAAUGUCUUUCUAAAAGUCCUAAGAAUAUUGUCAAAUAGUGUAUCCUCUAAUAACCUUAUAUAUAAUUACUGAGUUAAUAGAGUUAAGAUCUUAAGGAAUUUAUAACUUAAUAACGAUAAAUUGAUAAGUCAAUUCAAAAAAAGAAAGAAAACCCUACAUAUUAAACUGAUGAUUUGAGCUUUGAAUAUAAAAUUCCUAAAUGUCUUAGGAAAUAUUCAUUUCAAUAUUGUGACAAUAAAUAGUAAUAUAAUUUGAAUAAAAUAUAGAUUCAAUUUAAGUCCAACAAAUAAAUAAAUUUGAUUUAUUUAUAUUUGUUCAUAUUUUAUAUGCUUUAGAAUUUCUUUAUUAUAUAUACCUUUCUCUUUUGUAUAAAACACAGAAUUAAUAAUGGAAAAUAAAUAAAAUAUUUGGUUUAAUAUAUAAGCACAUUUUAAAAUUAAAUAAAAUCUUUUUUUAUUUAAGAAACCAUUUCAUGGGAAUUUCAAGAGACAGCAGACACAAAAGAAGACUUACUGGAGGUCGUAUGCCUAUUCAUAAGAAAAAGAGAGCCUUUGAAAAAGGAAGAUAAGCAGCAAUGACUAAAUUAGUAUCAGGAGAAAAAAGAGUAAGAAGAUUAAGAGUGAGAGGAGGAAAUUUCAAAUUCAGAGCUCUUCGUUUAUCAGAAGGCAAUUUCUCUUGGGGAAGUUAAGGUGUUGCUAAAAAAGCUAAAAUUGUUGAGGUUGUUUAUCAUCCAUCAAAUAAUGAAUUGGUCAGAACUAAGACACUUACUAGAGGUGUGAUUGUUUAAAUUGAUGCUGCUCCAUUUAGAUAAUGGUAUGCAAAGAAAUAUAAUGUAGAAUUGGGAUCAAAGAAAAAGGAUAAGAAAGUAAUAAUGAUUUAUUAAAAUAGGAAGGACAACCUGAAUAAACUAAAAAAUCAAGAAGUCUAAUUAAGAAAUUAGAACAAAGAGCAAAGGAUAAUGCCAUAGAUGCAUUAGUUUAAGAAUAAUUUACAAAUUAAAGAUUAUUGGUAAGAAUAACAUCAAGACCAGGAUAAUCAGGAAGAGCUGAUGGUUACAUUUUGGAAGGAAAGGAAUUAGAAUUUUAUAUUAAGAAAGUCGAAUAAAAGAAGAAAUGAUUU